GUGUCGACAAAUCGGACAAAAUUGGCUUUGAGAGAGCAAUUCUUAGUAAAUAGUUCGAGCGCAUGUGGCGCAUCUACAAAAGCUUUGUCUAAAAAUCUUUCAGAGACGUUCGCUAGGUCGGCGUCACAAAAACAACUGAAUAUGAAUAAGACAAGCACACGCUCCCUCUCUCUCUCUCUCUCUCUCUCGUUUCCUCUCCUCUGGUCUGUCUCAUCCUCGCCUUGCUGUUGAUCCGUCUCUAAAAUGAUCGCAGAUGCACAUCCGAUGUUGAGGAUUCAUGUACCUGGAGGCUGGAACUGAACUCGACGAUGUCAUUUGGAUGUAAAUAGGUUACCCCGGUGGACAGAGACGACACAGAAAGCUAGCUUACCUGACCUUCUUGAAGCUUUAGUUGUUAUUGUUCUGAUAAGCAAAUCAUCAUGGAUCUGUCAUUUAUGGCUGCGCAGAUCCCCGUGAUGACAGGAGCCUUCAUGGACUCAUCGCCUCACGAUGACUACAGCACGGAUCACUCUCUCUUCAACUCGUCUGCUAGCGUCCACGCCGCCGCUCUGGCAGCUCACAACCAACAGGAGGAGCAGCAGCCCAUGUCCCGAGACGCCAUCUGGCUGUGGAUCGCCAUCACCGCCACCAUCGGGAACAUCAUAGUGGUGGGCGUCGUCUACGCCUUCACGUUCUGACCUCUGGAAUGAAACCAGCUGAACUUUGGAGACAUAUUCAGCUUUGAGUCCCCCAAAUAUAGGGCCCCGGGGCCCCUUAUCAGAUGAACAGUGUGUGCAAUCUUUCAAGAAAAAAAGUACACUGUGUUAGUUGUUUAUUUGUUUGUUUUUUACGCAGAAUGGUAUUUAGAAGCGCCAGAAAUUAUUUUUGAUUCAUUGUAAUUUUCAUGUUGAAAACUUUGUAACUAGAUUGUUUAAUGCUUAACAAGUGUAACAUGAGGAAAAACCACAGAUUUUUUUUUUUUCUCUGAGUUACUAAUACUGCCAGACUUGUGCCAAACAAUUUGUACGGUUUUUUUUUGCUUUUAGUAUGUAAUAACAAAUGCUGUUAUUAAGCUUUAAAUGUCUAGAGGGCAAACACUAUUCUCUGAAAGUCAUCCAACUACCUUUUUAAAGCAGUGAUUAGAAAAUUGAAAUGAAUCCCAAACCUAAUUUGGAAAAGUAACCAUAAAAUAAUGUAAAUAGAGGAACUGCAGUAUGUAAGUGCCCAGAACAGAAAACGAAACCCUUUUUUAUUAAAGUAUUUUAACCUUGGUCGGAAACAGAGAUAAUAAGCGAUAAAAGCACUUAAAAUCGUCUUGAUUCAUGGGGCAUUUAUAAACACUGGUUGAUUUUUUUUCGCCCCAGGAUAUGUCAAUUUGGAGACAAUCUCUUCUCUUAAUUCUUCGCAUGGUAAAACCACCAUUUUAGUUGAUGAAAGGUUCAGUUUAACAUUUAAGAAAUGCAUCACACAGUGGUUUUAAUUAAAACCUGCAUACUAGUAAAUGAUUUUAUACUGAGAAAUCAUUCCAUCCCCUUAGUUGAGGGUGACAGGUCCAGCUUGUAUUUGGUAGAGGUCAAAGCUUUGCUUUUAAUGAGCUCAGCAUAAAAGGUAGGGUUGCUAUGGUGACUGUUUCAUGCUGUCUGGUAGAAAGUGGCUGUGGCUUCUUAUCCCACAUGCAAACAUAUUUACUGCCCACUGGCACAAAGCAACUGUCCAAACAAACAUGCAUAUGAAGAGAUUUAUUUC